AUGAAGUUCCUUUGUCUGUGGCUGCUUCCCUGGCUCCAGGCCGGCCAUGUUGCUGAGGGAGAUGUUGCACUGAAGAGGUCCGAAGAGGCAGAGGCCCUGCAAACGCAUGCGGUCUCGUCCGUCGUCGAUCUUUUGAAGGCAAUGUCAAAGACCAUCGCGCAAGAGAACGAGGAGGACCAGAGAAGCUACGAGAAGCUUCAAUGCUGGUGCUCCACAGAGAAGAAGGAGAAGACGGAGACCAUCGAUGAGGGAUCGGCGAAGCUGGCGGAGGUUGAGUCGUCCCUUGACAGCUUGGCGGCUUCCCGCACUUCUCACGAGAUCCGGAUCAAGGAGCUGCAGCAGCAAAUUGCUGAAGGGCAAGAGGCCCUGGAGAAGGCCUCUGCCGUCCGCAAGGAUCAGAAGGAGAAGUUCGACAGUUACGAAGCUGACACCACCACCUAUUUGGUUAGCUUGAAGGCAGCGAUCGAAGUGCUCACAAAAAAGACGGGGCAGACGGCCUUGCCACAAGUGUCUGCUUUUAUGCAGAUCUUCUCGCAACCGUCGGCGGCCACGGCCGUGAUUUCGGGAGAGGAGUCAGAGGCCGACUCGGACUCCCUGACCUUGCCGGAGUCGGAGGACGUCAGGACGGCGGAGGCGGCUUUUGAGGCGCCCGGGCCCGGGCCCCCCAUGGGGAGGCUCCGAGGAAGUGCGGAGGGGCUCGACGCCACAGAGGGUUGGUCCGCAGAGGAAGAGGCCGUGGUGAAUCGGGGCCUCGGCGCUGCCAUGUCCUUUGCGCAAUCGGCGCAGGGGCGGAGCGUAGAGCUGUACAGUCCUGGCUCUACUGGCGAGCUUGUCGGCAUGUUCCAGCAGAUGCUGUCGACCAUGGAGGAGGAUCUGAAAGAUGCACGGACCAAGGAGAGCCAGGCGGCUGCAGACUCCGAGGAGCUGCGGCAGGCCCGGCUCCAGGAGAUCCAUCAGGCAAACAGCAUGGUGGACCUGAAGAAGAGAGAGAGGGCACACGCCGGCGAGGCGAUCGCCCUGGCCAAGGCGGACAAGAAGCAGCUCGGCAAGGUGGUGGACACAAGCCGGGAGUCUCUGGCCACGAUCAGCAAGCGCUGUGAGGACUCCGAGCGGGGGCACCGCCAGCGCAUGGAGGCACGGAGCCGGGAGGACGCAGCCAUCCUCGAGACUAUCCAGGUCUUGACUGACGGUUCGACGGCAGUGAGCUUCCUUCAGUUGACUGCGACAGCGAGGAGUUCAGGAUCCGCCACCGCGGAAGUUCUGGCCAUGAGCGAGAGCGACUCUUUUGGCAAAGUCCGAGAUGCAAUCGAUGGGAUGGUCCGUGAACUGAAACAGCAACAGCGCCUGGACGUGAAAGAGAAAGACUGGUGCAAGCAGGAGUUCUUUGAGAACCAGAAGGCUGCCAAUGCUGCAGCAGAUCACCAGACUUCCUUGGAGCUUCGCUCUUCUCAGAUGGAGUCAGACAUCAAAACUCUGCAGGGGGACCUGGACCACACCAGCCAAAAGCGAGAGCAGCUGAAAGGACAGCUGCAGACGGCUUCGGAGGAGCGCAAGGAGGAGCAGAGUGCCUUCCAGAAGACGCAGUGGGACCAGCAGAUGACACUCCGCGCCCUCCGACAGGCUUUCCGAAAGCUCUCCGGUGUCUACGGACCAGCGUCCUUCCUCAGCCGGCCGCGGGAGGCCGCAGGCUACCGCAAGAAUCAGAUGGGUGGAACGGUCCUGAAGCUGCUGCAAACGCUAAUGGCUGAUGCGCAGGACCUGGUCGACAAGGCGGCGCUGGCAGAGAACGAGGCCGAGGUCAGCUAUGGUCGUUUUGUGGAGGAGACGAAAACAAUGCUGGAGUCACUUCAAGCGAACACGCUGGCAAAGUCGCGGGCGAUCGCGACAAGCAAGAAGGAUUUCGUCCAGACUGAGCAGGAUGUCAGGCUGAAUGCUCAGGAGCAGCACGACCUGGCAGUGCAGAAAGCUAAUCUCAAGGCCCAGUGCGACUCCUUGAUCAAGAACUUUGACGAGAUAAGCAACAAACGGCAGUCGCAGAUUGAGGCGCUGACCCAGUCGAAGGUGGUGUUGGCAGACUGA